CAUGGCGAGUAUGUUAUAAAGUGUUACACACCCUUCUAUCUUAGCCUUGUAUCUGGAGUUUAGGGAAAGUAUCAGACUUCAACAUGGCAGCCUCACAGCAAAGCUUUGGUACUGGAUCGAUGACAGAAGAAAACGAAAAGAACAUUCCCGAUCUCGAAAAGGCCAACAACGAAUCCGCAAAUGAAGGAUCAGACCUCGAGAAAGGAGAAGAAAGGCCAAGUGCAUCUGCUCUCCUAGAUUGGGACAGUCCAGAUGACCCUGGAAAUCCAAUGAACUGGUCGAAAUGGAAGAAGCGAUACCAUGUUGUGCCUCCAGCUGUCAUCUCCUUCUCGGCCACUAUCGGUUCCUCUAUCUAUACACCAGCAUUUCCUGUCAUACAAGAACAAUGGGGCGUCAGUACCACAGUCGCUCUCCUCCCCUUGACGACCUACGUCCUGGCGCUCGCCCUGGGACCCAUCAUCGCGGCCCCGAUGUCCGAGACCUAUGGAAGACAUAUCGUUUACUUAGUCUCCGUCCCUAUUGCCACUCUAUUUACUCUUGGUUCUGGCUUUUCACAAAACAUCUGGACAUUAUGCAUUCUUCGAUUUUUCUCCGGCAUGGCUUUCUCACCUGCUCUAGCAAUAGGCGCUGGCACCAUCGCCGACAUGAACAAGAACGAACACAGAACGAUCCCAUCCGCAUUCUACGUCCUAAGUCCCUUCCUCGGCCCAUCACUAGGUCCCGUAAUCGGGUCCUUCGUCACCGUCCGUAAAGGUUGGCGCUGGACAGAAUGGACCAUAAUAUUUUUCGCCAUCUUCUCCUUCCUCCUAACCCUCUUCGCAUCCGAAACCUACAAAAAGACCCUCCUAGCCCGCCGCUCCAAAGCCCGCGGUCUCCCACCACCACCCUCGCCAUUCCCCUCCGCUGCCGCUAAACUGAAGUUCAUGUUCACCGUCACGCUCCUGCGUCCUCUCCACAUGCUCUUCACGGAACCUAUCGUCGCUUUUUUUAGUAUAUAUGUAGCGUUCAAUUUUGCUGUUCUAUUUUCUUUCUUUGCGGCGUUUCCGUAUGUCUUUGAGUCUGUCUAUGGGUUUGAUACGGAGCAGAGCGGGUUAGUUUUCCUGGCUAUUGGUAUUGGAUCUGCAUUAGCUGUCCCCACAGUCAUUGCAUGCGAUGUGUAUCUUUACCAGCCACAUGUGAGGAAGGCGAAAGAGAACGGUGGGAACGGAGCCGUGGCGCCGGAAUACAGAUUGUAUCCUGCAAUGAUGGGCAGUUUCGGGUUGCCGAUUGGGCUUUUUUGGUUUGCGUGGACGGCAAGGAGCGAUGUGUCGUGGGCCAGCCCAGUCGUGUCGGCAAUUCCUUUCGCGUGGGGAAAUUUGAGUUGCUUUAUUGCUGCUGCGAAUUAUCUGAUCGAUACGUACCAAGCAUUGAAUGCUGCCUCCGCCUUGGCAGCGAAUGGCCUCCUGCGAUACGUUCUUGGUGCGGUGUUCCCGCUAUUCACACUGCAGAUGUAUCGCAAUUUGGGGAUUGACUGGGCGACUAGCUUGCUGGCAUUCAUUUCGGUUGCAUUGCUUCCUGUUCCUUGGGUUCUGUUCAUCUAUGGAAAGAACAUCAGGGCUAGGAGUCAAUACGAUACUUUGAAA